AUGGCGCUGCUCCUGCUGGGCCUGGGGCUGGGGCUGGGCUGGGGGCCCAGCUUCACGUCUGCACAGAUCCUGAACCCACAGGCCAUCGUGCAGAGGAACUACAACAUGGCCAGGGUGGCGGGGACCUGGUACUCCAUCUCCAUGGCCUCGGACAACCUGACCUGGGUGCAGGAGCACGGGGACCUGCGCCUGUUUGUGCGACGGAUCGAGCACCUGGGCAAUGGCAGCCUCAAGUUCAACUUCCGCUUCAGGGUGCAGGGCGAGUGCGUGAUCGUGGCCGUGGUCUUCGAGAGAACCGAGAAGAACGGCGAGUUCUCCAUCGCCUACCAGGGCCAAAACAAGCUGCAGGUGGUGGAGACGGACUACAGGCUGUUCAUCAUCUUCUACCUGCACAACACCCAGGCCGAGAGGCAGACCCAGGUGCUGGCGCUCUACGGGCGCAACCCAGAGAUGAGCCCCGCCUUCCUGAACAGGUUUGAACAAGCCUGCAGGAGGUACGGGCUGAGCUCCCGGGCCAUCAUCCACCUGACCAGCCAAGAUCGAUGCUUCUACAAUCGGUAG